GGUAACGGUCCGGCGGCCCUCCUCCUGAGUUACCUACUGCAUGGCCAUCUUCCAGUUUAUGCGGGCGGACACCAUGAUUCCGUUUUGGACUCCAAGCUGUGUGACAAGCCGGAUUUGCGCUGCCUGACGCCGGACCUCUACGCGCAUUUCCACUCCUCCCUCCGCUAUUCGACCCAGGCGCUCCCGAUCAACACCUUGUUGGAUACGCUAAUCCGACCGAAUGCCGACACGACGAUUGAUUCGAGAACAUGUGUGGAUUGGAUAUUUCGGCCGGAUGUCGCCGUCACGCACGCGAUCUUAGGGAACGCACCGGCUCCUGGGGGGCAGUGGACGGAGGAUCCCGUCUCCGCCAGUGCCUCGAUCGGGACACUGAGUUACGCGGAGAUGUUGUCGCUUCCUGGAUACUCCUUCGCAGACCAUCACCAGCGUGUCCACGGCGAACCACUUCCUGAUUUCCUUAGACCAUCAAGGGAAGAAGUCGCGUCGUACUUCGCAGCAUACCCCUCCGCGGUCGGCAUAUCUGACGUCAUUCAUAACAACUGCUAUGUCGAGAGGAUAUCUCGUACCAAGGAUGGGUUCUUCAUCGAGCCGCAGCGAUUGCAGUGCAAGCACCUGGUGCUCGCGACGGGCAUAUUUUCGAUCAACAUCCCUCCUCCUGCAGUCCUCCGGCCAUUGGCACCCCUCCACUCCGACUCCAAGCCACUUCUUGUCGUUGGAUCCGGUUUCUCGGCCGCCGAUGUUAUCAUCUCUGCCCCACCGUCUCAGAAGAUCAUCCACCUCUAUAACUGGGCUCCGGAGGAGCGACCUUCGCCACUACGAGGAUGUCAUCCGCAAGCAUAUCCGGAGUAUGCUAUGGUGUACAGGCAGAUGAAACAGGCCGCCGCGGAGGACGAAAGGCAUGCCUCGACACCGGGAGUUAAGAGAAAGGUCAAUCCGUUCGCCGCGAACCGCGACUGGGCCGACGUAUACGAGGGUCUUCCGAAUGCCGAGAUCGUUUCCGUUCAUCAGAGCGACGCUGAACGAGAUCACGAUGUGGCGCACGUUCAAAUUCGGACAUGCAAGGGACAGAUCAAAGAAUUCGUGAUCGGCAGUUUCGCGUAUGUCGUUGGACGGCGCGGCACAUUGGAUUACCUUCACGAGGAUUUGCGGGGAGAAGUCUUGAAAGACCUUCGCGUCAAUGACAGUUCUCUGAUUUCCGGACGCACUCUACGACCCAAAUUCGAAGAAAACAACUUCGAAGUGACCCAGGAUGUUUUCGUUAUUGGUAGCCUUGCCGGCGAUAGUUUGAUUCGACAUGCGUACGGGAGCUGCGUGUUUGUUGGGGGUAAGAUCAUGAGUGGCAACACACGCCGAUGUUGCGAGAGCAAUGGGGACGAGAGGGAGAGGGCCACGCCGAGUCCUUCAUCGACGUCGUCAACGGAGAGACUACCACGGGUUAGAGGUGGCAUGGCGCAUAAUGACUUGCAUAUAGAUAGACGGCAGUUCGUUAGAGGCGAGACCUAG